AUGAUGUGAUAAAAAGUUUUUAAACGCUAACAAAUUUCACAACUUUCCAUAAAUAUAGUUCAGAAUUAAGAUUAAUUCUUAAUAAUUUUUGCUUUAAAUUAUAAAUAAUGAAUUUCUAUACACAGUCACUAAUUUAUGAUGGAACAAUAUAAUUUUUGUACCAGAUUUGUUCUAGUACUCAGUCAGCAUUCAGUGUUUAAACAUAAUCAGCCAUGUAAUUUGAUUGAUCAUGUUGAACUCAAACGACACAUAACAUGAUCAACAAUGCAUUACGUUCAGUUAUGGUUUGUUUCGUCGUAUGAUUGGUUUAUAACAACAUGUCUUCGACGAAUAAACAUGAUUCUGAUAAAGAUGAUGAAAUUGAACAAUGUAGAGUUGUCCCGGACGAAAAGUACAAAAAAUGGAAUAGUAACAUUGGUAGUGGUAAUAAAUUUGCAAGACGAGCUCGUUCAUUUAAAGAAGAUUUGUUGGAUAUUAUAUCAUCUGCAAUGCGAUCGCCUAGCCAUAGUACCAUCGGUUCCAGGAGUGGUUCUCCAAAAAAUGGUUUACCAAAGCAAAGACAUGCUUCAUCAGGAAGUAGUCCUAAGCGGUCUCUUAAUGACAUCGACUUUCAUGUUAGACAAGUUCAGAUAGCCUUAAGACAUUUCCUUGAUGUAGUAACAAAAAAUAAACUAGAAAUGUUACCGGGAAAUGGUACAGUAGUUUUAGAAACAGUAACAACAAUCUGUGGGGUAUUUAAAUCAUACGAUAUCAAUGAACAAAGUUCACUAGUUGUAUCUGCUUUAAAUCAAGUGUACCAAAGUGUAGCACAAUUGAUUAAGUUAUGUGAUGAUGUUCUCAUAUUUGGAGAAAAAGCAAUCAAUACAGAUAAUGUAUCAGAUAUACUGCGUUUGGUAGAGCUAGCUAUUCAGAACUUGGUAUCAUUAACUAAUGACAAACUUAACCACGGUGUACUUAAAACUGUAUACAAAGACGAGGAUUCAUUGAAACUUCCUGAUGAACUAAAACAAAGAGUUUCUUUACCAGAUAUACCAUUAACACCGAGGGAAAGAGAAAUAUUAGAACAAACGAGUAAUCAUUCUUUUGAUACGGUUGACUGUAACCCUCCUUCAAAGCCACCUUUACCUGAUCGAUCAUGGUUAAAAAAGACUGACCAAAAUAAUUCUCCUCCUCCUUUGCCACCAAAGCGUCGUACUGGACAUAAUAACACCAAGCAUACCCUAUGCAACUUAUCUUUAGAGCCGUUAAGCCUUUCUGAUAGAUCUUCAUCAAUAGGUUCGCUGGAUUCAAUUUUAAAUGAUGAUGAAGUUAAUAUUGUCAUGUGCAAUGAUGAUAGUUCUUUUUUAACUAAUGAUGCCAACCAUGUAUGUGGCUAUUGUAACUGUUCUUCCAGUUCUGCUUCAGUGGACCAAGGUAAUGAAAAACGAAUAUCUCCAUUUUCCGAGUAUCCGCCUCAACAUACAAUGGUAGAAAAGAAAACUGCAUUUAUUCAUCAGGCAUCUAAUCAAGUUUGGACACAUUCUAAAUCCACAACUAUACAUCAAAUCACUAAUAGAACCGUAGUAUCAAACGCAAUUAAUUGUUCAAUAUCAAAUGAUGAAAUUCCACCUCCGGUUCCAGAAAAAAAACGUAUAGUUAGACAAAGGCUGAGGUCUACUUAUGACAAUUUAUCUAUGGAUGAAAUGUCCACACAAUAUAACUUCCAUAGAAAUAACAGUCAUUGUAGUAUUCAAGCAUUAACUCAUACUGCAUCACUUGAUAAUCCUGCAGUUGAUCCUUCAAAUCCACCACCUUUGCCAUUGAAAAAGAAACAUAUGUUUCAUUCAGUGGCCUAUUCUGUAAUGGCAUACAUGGAAAUGUUUGGAAAUUGUACACAUGGAAAUACUACGGAAUUUCUACGUCAUUCUGUUCAUACAUACACAAUGCUUCAUCAAAGUAAUUGGCAUUCACCUCAAAAGUAUCAGAGUGAAAUCCAAAGUUAUAGUGUUGAAAAUUCUUGUCAACAGUAUUACUUUACCAAUGACUCUGAUCCACCAGCAUUACCACCUAAACGUGGUAAAAUAAUGACAUCUCCUUAUAGAGAACUAACACCACCGAAUUCUCCAAAUAAAGUAUACAUAACUGAAGUUAUAUCGACUCCAAUUCAAACUCAGUGUUUAGAAAUUCAGGAUAUUACACCAAGUACUACUGAACAACCUCUACAAACUGAUAUUAGCGAAGUUAACAUUAUGGAAGAAUUAAAUGUUUCUCAAUGGCUAGUAUUUAAAAAACCAGAAGAAGACGGACCACUUGUUCGAGGUGGACACGCUGAUGCUCUUGUAGUUCAUGCAACAAACGCAGUUAAAAAUGAUUUUAUGUAUCAAGAAGCGUUUUUAACAACAUAUAGGACAUUUAUAUCACCUUUAGAGUUAAUUCAAAAAUUAUGCAUGCGACACCAAAGGUUUCAAAACUCUGGUGAUUUGAAUAGGCAAAGAGCUGGUCGAGAAUCAUUUUCUUUGUUGGUCAGAGUAGUUAGUGAUUUAACUUUAACAGACUUAGACAAUGAAGUGCUGCAAAUUCUUAUGGAAUUUGUGUAUCAGCUAUUAUGUGCUGGGGAUUUAACUAUGGCAAAAGCACUUAGAGUGAAACUUUUGGAAAGGUAUCAGGCAAAAUUGGUGCAUAAUACUUCAAUAAAUGCCCUGUUACCAUCUCAAAAUAUAUACACUCGUCAAGCCACUUUGUUAGACUAUAAGACAGAACUUAUUGCCGAACAAAUGACAAUGUUGGAUUCAGAACUGUUUAUGAAAAUUGAGAUACCAGAAGUUUUAAUUUGGGUUAAGGAACAAAAUGAAGAGCGUAGUCCAAAUCUCACAGAAUUUACAGAACAUUUUAACAAAAUGUCCUACUGGGCGAGAUCGCGCAUACUAGAACAAAAUGAAGCUAAAGAACGUGAACGUUAUGUUUUAAAGUUUAUCAAAAUAAUGAAAAGCUUAAGAAAGAUGAAUAAUUUUAAUUCAUAUUUAGCCCUUUUAUCUGCUUUAGAUAGUGCACCAAUAAGACGUUUAGAAUGGCAAAAAUAUAUAACUGAAGGAUUAAAAGAAUACUGUGCUCUGAUUGAUAGCUCAUCAAGUUUUAGAGCUUAUAGACAAGCUUUAGCUGACACAAAUCCUCCUUGCAUCCCUUACAUAGGAUUAGUAUUACAAGAUUUAACAUUUGUACACAUUGGUAACAAUGAUUAUAUAUCAGACAAUAUAAUAAAUUUUUCCAAAAGAUGGCAACAGUUUAAUAUUGUUGAAAAUAUGAAGAGAUUUAAAAAAGGAUGCUACAAUUUCAAGAAACAUGAUCAUAUCAUUGCAUUCUUUAACAAUUUUGAUGAGUUUCUAUGUGAAGAAGCCAUGUGGCAAAUCAGUGAAAGCAUUAAGCCAAGAGGAAGUAAAAAAACUACUUAAAAGUAGUUAAAAAAAAAAGAUUUUAAAUUACAUAGCAAUUUAUAUUUAAAGCAGUCAUGAGAACAUUUUUGGUUGUACAAUGAUUUUAUGUGUUUUUCCAAAUGAAAACAUAAUUUUCUGGGGCAGUAAGUUUCAUAUAGCCUCUUAAAAUCUCAAAUACUUAUUGAAAAAUGAUACAGAUAGUACCUUAUAAAAUUAUAUUUUGUAAAUGUUCAGUAGUUUCCGAUUAACUUACCAAAAAAUGAUUAAUACUUUAGAGCUCCAACUUUUUCACAAAAGGCACACUAUUCAAACAAAAUGCAUGUUAUAAUGUACAACAAUUAACAACAAUCGCAAUAUUAAGUAAAUUAUUCGCAAUAACUUUAAUUUUCACAGUACAUUUAUGAUUUAAGUUGAAUUUUUAAUUAAAUUUGUUCAUUAAUAUAAAUAUUUUAAAUUUUAAUGCAAGGUUAACUCAACUGUUUUCCAAUUUUUUAUUUGUUACUCACAAUUUUUAUGAGCACUUCAAAUUUGAAAAAUAACAUAACACUAUACUUCACUGUGCACCACUUUGAACAUUGCUAUCAUAUUUGGAAAAAUAACAACAUGUACCUCGCGUCAUAGUGUAUGUAAUGAAACAAACUUGUGCAUUCAAUUUGCUUUUAAAAUUAUAUAUUUAGUAAAUUUGAAAUAUCUUAUUCUUUUUUGGUACCUAAUAUAUAAAUGUAUUAUCAUUAAAAUUAGAUCAAAUUUUAAAACUAACAAUUAACAAGGUCUUGAGUAAAAUAGAUUUUAGUAAAUAUCUAGUCAUUUUUCUAAAAAACAUUAUUUUAUUAAGCUAUGUUUUCUAGUUGAAAUUUUAUACAUGAUUAUUUUUUAACUAUUAAUAUUAUUAUUAAAUAGUCUUCUUUUUUAUUUAUAUGUAGUAAAGUUAAUUUAUUUUUUUUAUUUUUUUUCGGAAAUAUUGAAUAAAUUAUUACUAUGAGUAUUACUAAAUUCACUCAAUUUAUUUCCAACAUAGAACUAUCAUUUGUAUUUGCAAUUGACAUAUUUUUUUUAUUAAUCAAGUUAUUAUUUCUGAUUUGUAAAUUAUUUAUAAAAUUAAUUGUUGAAUACAAUCUAGAAGACCCAGGGGUCUUCAAUCUUUUACAUAUAGCGGGCUGCAUGUGUAAUAAAAACAUGUAUUAGUUUAUACAUGCUAUGCUUAAAAAGUGUUUGUUGGCCUCAAAUAAAGACCCCUGAUCUAGACUAUAUGUUAAUCACUGAUUAAACCGACCAUACUAUUAUAAACAUUUUAAAGUUUUAAAAAUAUUUUAUAUUCAUCUUUACAAACAAAGAAUGAAUCAUACUUAUUAUUACUUGUUACCAGGGACCUAAAAAUGUAAACAAUUAUAAUCUUAUGUAACAAAUGUUAUGUAUUUACAUAUAUACAUUAUGUUCUGGAAUAAAAUACAUUUGAACAUUAUAAAUUAAUUAUGUUCUGUAACAAAUUUUCAACAAUAUUUUUAAACAUUACUCUAAAACAAUGAUUCUAUAACGUUAUGAAUUUUUCUGAAAUAUAUUGAAUGAAUGUUAUACAUAAUAUAUGUUAUAUGUCAUAAAAAAGUUUGUCAUGUCAUAAAAACGAUAUUUAACAAAUCCAAAGCAUUCUGAACUAAUAAUUUUAUUAUUUUUGGAAUCCUUACUUAUUACAACUUAAUGAACCAAAUAUUAUAUUUGAAAGGUAUAACCAUUGGUGUUUUUGAUUGAUAUAACAAUAUAAUUGAAUCAAUAAAUAAUAAUAUUAUAUUAAUUAAACUAAAAUUAUAUAGUGGCUUGAAUUCAAUCAGUGUGUAAUAUAUUAUGUAGUAUAAAUCAUAUAUUAUAUUUAUAAAAAAAUUAGUUAAAAAUAAAACCAAAUAAUGUCAAUAUUGUUGAGGAUAGACAAUUUAUUAACAAUAUAUAAUAUUUACUUGAUGAAAAUAUAAUAGCAUUGAACAAUUUUAGUUCCUAUUUAUUUUAUUUUUUAUUUUUUUAAUAAAAUGACUAUUUAUUAUGUAUAAUACUUAAAUACAAUUAAAUAUAAUAUACUAUGUGUUUAAAAAUCUGAUUUAUACUAACAUUUAUUGUACAAAAAUUGUAAACCAACAAAACCGCUAUAGACAUAAUAAACCAAAAGAAGAUGAUGGAAUAAUUGUCUCAUGUAAAUGUAUAAUAAACAAUUAAAAUAGAGUAAAAUCUUUUGAAAACAAUUUGUCCAUACUUCAUAGUAUAAAAUGUAUUCAAUUAAUAAAUUAUAGCAAAAAAUAUGUUAGUCAGAAUAUGUAACAUUUUAAAUUAUAUUUGUAAAACUAUGAAUAGCAUUAAUUAAAAUAUGUAUAUGUUAGAAAUAAAAUACUAAUAUAUUCACCAUUAGUAUACUAUAAAGAUAAAGAUGAUUUAUUUAUGGUGACAUUGUUGUAUAUUUAUGUAUUCUUUUAAUGCAUUUGGGUUAUAAUAUAAUUAUAAGAAAAUGUGUUAUUUUCUAAAAGUGAUCAUACAUUUUUAUUUGUUUUAUAAGUUUUGCUAAAUUGCUUUUAGUAUUAAUUUCUGAAUUUUUGAACAAUAAACAUUUGUCAAAACAACUACAUGUAGAAACAUUGCUCUGCAUCACCUUACGCCCCCUUAUUAGUUAUUCAAAAUGGCAUAUCUUAUACUUUAAUAUAUUGUCACAAAUUUGUAUUGUUUGUUAUUGAUCAUAUCAUUAAAAUAAGACAAAUUAAUAAAUUUUACAUAAUUAUUAAUUAAUUGUUCACUCAUGUCAUCUAUUUAUUCAAUUAUUAAAUUGAAAUAUUUAUUAAUGAUGUGAUCUACAUUGCUACUAGAAAAAUGUUAGUUUUAAAUAAAUUUUUAUGUAACCCAAAUGUAGGAUUAUUGAAUUUAACUUGUUUCAAUAUUACUGUAAAAAAUAUGUACAAUCUACAUUUGGAAUAGAAAUACACCAUUAGUCAUCACAUUUAUUAUAUUAUAUAUCAAAUGUAUGAUUAUAUUAUAUAAUAGUGAAAAAUGUAUUUAACUUCAUUUAUUUGACCGGCCUUUACAUAAUUUAUGUAGCAGUAUUAAUAUGACUUAACAUUUGAAAUGCAAUUUUUUUAUGAUGUAGUUAAAUAUACAAAAAUAAAUCAAUAACAUGUAUAUUUUUUAUUCCUUGUUAAAAUAAAUUGUAUAUAUUAUGUUUGUAACUUGUUAAAAAAAAAAAGUGUUAUAGGUAUACAAUAUUUAUUUAU